AUGGCCGUCAUCUCCAUCUCCACCCGGGAGAACGAUGCGUUGGACAUCAACCCUCCCGCCGGAGACCAGUUCCUCAACGUCAACGGCUCCGACUGGCUAUGGACCGUCACUGCCCUGUUCAUCGUCUCCUUUCUCACUCUGUACGGCUUGACUCUGAAGGCUAGAGCCGGCGAGCGCUUCUUCCACUUCAUCUUCAUCAUCACCACCUUUGUCGGCUCCAUCGCCUAUUUCGCCAUGGCGUCGGACCUGGGCUGGUCGCUCAUCCCGCAGGCCAACAGCGUCGCCAGCCACGGCCUGCUCCGCCAGAUCUUCUUCGCCAAGUACAUCUACUGGGUCGUCAGCUUCCCGGCCGCCGUCAUCGCCCUCGGCGUGCUGUCGGGCGUCUCCUGGGCCAGCAUCGUCUUCAACGUCUUCCUGUCGUGGAUCUGGGUGCUGUCGUACCUCGUCGGCGCCUACACCACCACCAACUACAAGUGGGGCUUCUUCGCCUUCGGCACCGUAGCCUAUUUGUUUCUAGCCGUCAACACGCUGCUCCUAGGCCGCCGCUCGGCCGCCCGCGUCGGCGUCGCCGGUCACUACACGGGGCUGACCGCCUGGCUCAACCUGCUGUGGCUGCUGUACCCAAUCGCGUACGGGCUCAGCGACGGCGGCAACCGCAUCGGCGUCGUGGGCGGCUUCGUCUUUUUCGGCGUGCUCGACCUGCUCAUGAUUCCCGUCCUCGCCUUCUCCGUCGUCUUCCUGUCGGCCAAGUGGGACUACAGCAGCCUCAACAUCGCCUUCACCCAGUACGGGCGUGUCCACGCCACCCCCGGCACCUUCCCCGAGAAGCACCCCGUCGCCGCCGCUCCCGCCGCCGCGCCUGCUGCUCCCGCGCCUGUCGCCGCUGUCUAG